GCACCGCAGGGCCGCACCGCCGCCGUCUCCCGCACCGCGUUUUGUUCUCGCACACGAGGCGAGCAAGGCAGAGAGAAGCCAUGGCGGCCAACUACCACCACCUCCGCCGCCUCGCCUCGGCGUCCGCCCCCGCCCUCUCCCGCCUCUCCCAUCCCCCUCAGCUGCUCCGAGGCCUCGCGCUCUCCAGCUCCGCCUCCUCCUCCGCGGAUCAGCCGCCGGCCCCGGCGGCCGAGAAGGGGGAGACCCAGAGCGCCGUGAAGGAGGCGAACGAGGCGCAGGGCGGUGAUGCUGGCGCGAAGAAGGAGGAGGAAGAGGAGGAGGAUGGCGGCGGCCCGGACGUGAACAAGGCCACGGGCGAGAUCGGCGGCCCGCGGGGGCCCGAGCCCACGCGGUACGGCGAUUGGGAGCGCGGCGGCCGCUGCUCCGAUUUCUGAGCGGUUGCUACCACCUGGCAGGGUAAACUUGCUCUUGGGUCCGUUCUGAGAUGUAAUCAUAUGCUUGUAUGUUUAUGUUACUAUUGUGCUGGAGAAUAAAUCUGGUUGCUAUGCUGAACAUGAUUCUCAAGUUUGCGGGUAUCAUAGCCAAAUGCAUGCGUCUUAGCAUGUCAAUCUUAGAGGUUUAUUAUGUAGAACGAAUGUUCAGAUGAAUGAUAGUUUGGGAGAUGUUUAUUCGAGGAUUUUCUUAAUUUCAUCAGCAAUGAAAAGAAAUAACGUGACUGAUUCAGAGCAUGUCACCUAACCAGUUGUUGUAAUUCGACUUUAUAUCGUUCUAGAUCGAUUUUGCCUCUUGAUCAGGCAGGGAA